AGCGGAGGCAAGACGGACCCGGAAGACUGCAGCUAAGGUAAAGCAGUUUAUUUUUAAAAUUACUUACCGGUAGCGGGCAGCGGUGUUUUUUUUGCUCUUUCAGAGAAGGAGCGGGAGCAUCAGAGGAAGUGACGAGGACCAGAGGGGCAGCCGGGAAGGAAAGCAGUGAGUAUAAAUACUCACCCUUCGACGCCAACGGCCUUUUUGAGUGCGAGCAGCAGCGGAGGCAAGACGGACCCGGAAGACUGCAGCUAAGGUAAAGCAGUUUAUUUUUAAAAUUACUUACCGGUAGCGGGCAGCGGUGUUUUUUUUGCUCUUUCAGAGAAGGAGCGGGAGCAUCAGAGGAAGUGACGAGGACCAGAGGGGCAGCCGGGAAGGAAAGCAGUGACCAUAUAUCUCAGCAAGGCGGCUUAACCUGAGACUCUACAACUGUAGUGUCUCCCACCCGCCCUCCUCCUCUAACCUAGUUAAUAAGGGACAACUGAGACAUCCGGAAAUAAGGAUAAAAGAUCUGCAGGCCAUACAUAUCUGCAAAGCAUGCAUAUCAAUAAGGUUGUUCCUACAUCUGAGCCAGGAUGUUCAGGUUUAAGCCCCACCUACUCUAAAGGCAGAUAUUUUCAAUCAACAACUCUGGAGCAGGUGGGACUUAAACCUGAACACCCUGUCUCAGAGGACUGCAUCCUCACCAAGCUUCUCAUCAGCGACAUGAGGAGUGUCAUCACUGAAUGUUACAUAAAAGGUUCUUUUGGUGGAGGCUAUGGAGGUUUUGGAGAUACUGGUGCAGGAGCAGGGGGCUACUUGCAAUCACCUGGAGGGUUUGGCUCACCAGCUGGAGGCAGCCAAAGUGACAGAAAAACUAGGUCACGUGCCCAGCAAAUAGUUCCUUGUACAGUGUCACAGUUACUGGCUGCUAUUCAAACAGAAGAAAUUUUCAGGAUUGGAGAGGUGGAAUUAUCUCAGGUAACCCUGGUUGGCAUGAUUAAAGAUGCAGAAAAAGCACCAACAAACAUUUUGUACAAAUUGGAUGAUAUGACUGCCCCCCCAAUGGAUGUAAGACAGUGGGUGGAUACUGAUGAAGUCGGAAGUGAGAAUAUUGUUGUUCCCCCUGGUAGCUAUGUAAAGGUAGCUGGUCAUCUCCGAUCGUUCCAGAACAAGAAGAGCUUGGUGGCAUUUAAAAUCAUGAUUUUGGAAGACAUGAAUGAGUUAACAUCGCACAUGUUGGAGGUGGUGCAGGCUCACUUGUUGCUAAACAAACCACAGCCUGUGCCUGGAGGAUCUCUAGCUUUGCACACCCCAAUGCGAAAUGAAGGUACAAUGGGGCUAUAUGGUGGUGGUAAUGAUGCAUUGAUGAAUGGACUAACAAGUCAACAAAGUCAGGUACUGAACUUGAUUCGCAAUUGUCGAGAACAGGAGGGCAUGAGCAUUGACUACAUGAGGAAAACACUGAAGAAUAUGAACAUCAUUGCUAUCAAGCAAGCAGUAGAAUUUCUUAGCAAUGAAGGACACAUCUAUUCUACGGUGGAUGAGGAUCAUUUCAGGUCAACAGAUGCUGAAUAAUUGAAUAAAAAGAUGUGUAGGUUCCUGUCUAGAAUAUGACUACAACAGCUGCAAUCAUAACAUUGAUGUCACGAGGGGUGGAUUAAAUUGGCCAAACAUUACCAUCUAGGAUGCUGGGCGCCUCAGGAAGAGACUGAGAUGCAUGGUCCAUUCAGCUGGGCAAAUGCUUCCUCAUCAUUGAGAGUGGAGAUAUUUGUGGAGACUGUUUCCAGAAAACUUUUGAUUGUCCAUCUUCAUUCUCAACAAGAAAUAGUGGACUGCGCAGCUGCAGAAUCAUAAGCUAUGCCUGGCUGAGUAAUAUUCUGGCUGAGUAGAUUCAUUACAAUGACAAGUGGGGCAACCGUCCAUUUGGAAACACAGCAAAUGUUGAAUGUUUCUCAAUGUUCCUUUUUUUUAAUGGAUUAACGUAACAAAACAAUAUUUUGCUGUAAUGCUAUCCAUGUGCAUGCAACUAUUAAAUGUGUUUUAGCUGACUGAAAGAACGUUUUGAUCUGUCACCAUUCAGCAACCACUCAAAUCUGCAAACAAGUUCUGGAGUGAGAGUUUUUUUAUACUGAUUCCAUUUUCCCAAAAAAUGUCUUUACUUCUUUCCAAAGUAACAGUUCUUUUGUAAUACUUGGGAUUAAACAAUUUCUUAUCGAUGAAGCUAAGUUUGCAGUCAGCUAGAUGUAGAUUCUGGAACAAGCUAUUUAUCCUUGAUCCCUGAAGGAGCAAUAAGCAAAAUUUUUUUAAAAAUUAAACAUUUUAUAUUGAUAUUAAUCACUAGAACUCAGUCUAAUAUAGACCAUAGUUUUCUUGAGGUUUGUAAAAUACAGUCUAAUAUAAUGGUAAAAGAAAGUCUCUGCCAGAACAAGAAAAGCUAUUGUGAUAUUGAUUAACCUUUGUCUGCCACUAAAUAUCCACCCAGAAUCAUAGAGCUGUACCACAUGGAAACCCUUCAGUCCAACUCGUCCAUGCCGACCAGAUAUUCUAAAUUAAUCUAGUCCUAUUUGCCAGCAUUGGACCCAUAUCCCUCUAACUUCUAUUCAUAUACCCAUCAAGAUGCUUUUUUAAAUGUUGUAAUUGUACCAGCCUCCGCCACUUCUGAUGGCAGUUCAUUUUAUCCAAGCACCACCCUCAGUGUGAAAAUGUUGCCCCUUAGGUCCCUUUUAAAACUUUGCCCUCUUGCCUUAAACCAAUGCCCUCUAGUUUUGGACUCUACUGCCCUGGGGAAAAGACCUUAGGUUAUUACCAUAUUUGUGUGCCCCUCAUUAUCUUUUAAAGUUCUAUAAGGUCACCCCUCAGCCUUCGACACUCUCUGGAAAUUAGAUCCAGCCUAUUCAGCCUCUCUAUAGUUCAAACCCUCCAGCCUUGGCAACAACCUUGUAAAUCAUUUCUAAAUCCUUUUGGUUUCUUCAAUCAUUCUCCUUUGUAACAAAGAUUACACAAACAAUGUUACAUUUGUUUUGGAUUUAUACUUCUUGAGAAUUUAAGGAGUGAUAAAGAUUUGGAAAAGAAGGUGGCAUAACAAUUUUAAUCAGGGAAUUUAGUAGUGUUAGGAUACUCUGCAAGUUGUAUUAAGAAAAAAUUCAAAUGGGUAGAAUUAUGCAAUUGGAAAGAAAAUUGCAUAUCUUUUUGGUGUGCUUUACAAAUUGCAAAAUACCAGAUAAUGAAGAUUUAAUAGAGUAUGACAUCCAUAGACAUUUCAGAGAAAUAUGCAAGGACAACAGAUGAUAAUAAUGUGAUUUUAAGUCUUUAGCAAUCGAUUGUAUGUGGUCAAAAACGCAGCAGGCCAAGCAAGCAUCUUAGGAGCACAAAAGCUGACCCUUCAUCAGUAAAAGGGGAGCAGGGGAGAGGGUUCUGAAAUAAAUAGGGAGAGGUGGGAGGCAGAUCUCCUGAUAUGAUGGACCUCGAGGCUAAUUUGCAAAUUUGCUUGAUUUAUGUUUUGGAAUUUAAAGAUAAAUAUAUAAUCUCAGGAGUAUAAAUGGGAAAGGUAGAAUGAAGUAUAAAAGAAAAGGCUACUGUACUAGUUUUAAAAAAAAGUUAGUUCAGUAAGACUAGAUCGGACAGAAGCCCAAUGACUUUGGCUGGAAAGGUUGGACUAGAGUAGCAAGGAAAAUCAGGAAGAAUGCCGAAAUGUGUAGUGGUGAAGUAAACGGUCAUUAGAAGGAUUUAUUGGUGUUGCCUGGAUUGGAGAAAAGCUAGGAAAUGUGCUAUUCAGAAGCAAUAAAAUGCUUUGAUAAAGGAUUAUAGAUUUCCUUGAGAAAAUAAACAAAAGCUAAUUGCUUCCUCUCUUCCGUACUUAAAAUAUGUCACUGUAAAAGUGAAUAAGAAAAAUAGAAACGCAACUGCUAAGAAAAUAACUUUUUUAUGCAUUUAACCAAUAAGAUUUUGUUAAAUGGUUAUUACAGUUGUACAGUCCAAAAGUAGUGUGAGAAGAAUUGAGCACUUGUUGAUUACUGCUGGAUGUGUUGGAAAUUACUUGUGUGAAGCUAAGUUCAGACUGGGAUCAAAGUCUGUAAUGGCUCCAAAAUCCCUUAAUCACAACAGAUUACUUAAAAUAGUAAAAUCAUUAUACAUACUUCGCAUGUCAUUCAUAAUUAAUGACUCCUACAUCUUAAUUUAGUGUCAUAAAAUAAUAACAAUCAAGGAGUUUUGAUAAUUAUUUGACCAAGUUUUGUCAACAUGUGGAGUCUAUUUUAUUACAUUGAUUUUAAUCCGUUUCAUAUGAGUAUUGGACAUUUUGUGAUCCUAUACUAUUGGUUCCAUGCCUGUGUCACUCUGGUGUUACAGAAAGAUCAAUUGUUAGGGCUGAACUACGUAAAUAAAUUCUUGAAUGCUCAUUCAGGAAAGAAUUCCAGCUAAAAGCCUAGCCUCCCUGGUUGGCUUACUAUUCAAUUGAAACCCAAACACUUAGGUGUUAAGGAUAACAACAUUCCCUUCUGUUUUUAGAGUAAAGAGAAAUGUCAGUUAAUAGCAAUGUGAUUUGGAAUGAUGAACAAUAGCCAGUUCUUAUUUCUGAAAAAUUUAGAUUUCGUCAGUAAGUAUUUUACUAUUCCAGAUUUUCCAAGAGCAAGGCUUCAUUUCAAUUUAAUUGAAAUACUUAUAAUGUCCAGAUAGGUUGUUUUAAUUUUCCAUGCUACAUGGUCAAAGCAAAACUAAUAAAAGAUAGUACUUUUUUAUGAAAAGUAAAAUGUUUGCUUUGUUUCUAAAACUACCAAAAAUAAUGGAUAUUGACAAUUCUUACUACAUAUUUGAAUUGUGACGAUACUAUUGCUCUAAAACGUGUAUAUUUUUUGUCCUCGUUGUUUGAUGGAGAGAAUUUGAGACAGAGGUGAGAGUGGUCUGUUCCAAACCUAAAAAAUAAACAGCUUGUGAGGCCUUUGGAUUUUUUUAAAAGCUGGAAUGCUAGAAGCAACAUGUAGAGGUGGGGUCAAGCUCCCACAGAACCAGGAUUUUAGUUAACUUGCAGCCUGCUAUAGCAAAACAUUUCAGUUCUCUCUCUAUCUCAGAGUUUCUGUUGAUGUUCUUUUCUCCUGGACUGGAGAAUUACAUAAGAGACACUGUAUUUUACUGAAUUUGCCCUUCCCAAGGAUGUGUUUAUGGGAUGUUACUAUAUUGGAACAGUUGUUGUUUAGUAAUUAAAUAAUCUACAAUUUUGUUAAGUUUUCCAAUAGAGAUGUUAUUCCAUUUCUUCUUUCUUUUGUGUGUGUUUUAACUGUGUAGUGUAUGAAUAAAGUGUGUUUUGCUUCAA